AAAAUUACCUUUCUUUUAGACUCAUUGUUUGUAAAUAUGCUUCGCCUAAGAGCUAUUUGUCCGUUCUCCUGGAGAGUGUUUCAAUUUCGAACCUGCAGCUGUAAACCACUAAUUAGCCAGAUGAUUACGUGUACAGAUGAAGAGCAAGUAUUUGAUCUUAUUGAAAAAAACAAAGCCAUACUUUCAGAAAAGCAAGUGGAAUGUGCAUUUAAUAUACUUUGGCAGUUUCAAAAGCAGAAGACCAGCUUUUUAAAAAAUGUUGAAUGUAUCAGAGACCAUCCCCAAUUUCUUACUCUUCAUAAUUUAGCUACAAGUCAAAUGGAAUUCACGAAUGAUGAUACCCUGGUGAAUGUCUUGUACAUCACACAACAGUGUGCUACUGAGGCCCAUGACCUGGUUGCAGCGCUAGUUACAGAAGCAUGGAGAAGACUGGAAAGGUUUGAUAUUAAUGUGCUGUCAAAAUUUUCCUCUUGCCUAGCAAAUCAACAUUUAUAUUUCAGUCCAUUAAUGGGAAAAAUAGCUGAUAUUGUACAUAGGAACCUGGAAACCAUAGAGGACUUAAGGUCCCUGUCUGUAUUGAUGGUCAGCAUAUCUUCUUUAAUAUCACAGCGUUUUCAAGAACAAUUAGUGAACAAAACAGAACAUCUUUUUGAUACCAUAGAUUCUUCCCAGGUCAACGUUGCAAGAAGAAUAGUACAAUUUCUUCGAAAUACUAAAUAUAGUUAUUAUCCACUAUUAGAAAGGUGCAAUAAAGUGUUUUUAAGCAAUAUGAACCACCUUGAUUUGGACUCCAUCAGUAAAAUACUUAGUCUAUAUCACUCUCUACAGUUUCAUAGUUUUGAAUUUGUUAAAAUGGCUAAAAAGAGGCUAACUGAAAUGAUUCCUCUGUUUGAUCACCCUGAUGGCUUUGUAAAACUGUUUGUAGCAUUGGGACCUAUUGCAGGACCUGAAGAAAAGAAACAACUUAAAUCAACUCUGUUACUGAUGUCAGAGGAGCUAACCAGACAGCAGGCCCUGGCAGUGAUGAGAGCAAUGGAAGAGAUGGAAAGCAGAAAUUCACAUCUGAUUAAAAAAAUUGCUUCAAUUCUGAAUAAACAUUUGGAUAACUAUAAACCAAUAGAGUUAUUGAGGAUAACUCAAGCAUUGAUUUUUCUACAUUUUCAAAGUAAAGAGCUUUUUGUGAAACUGAGAGAAUUACUGCUUAGAUAUUUGAAAAUUAGUGUUAUACCUAGUGAGAUUUCCAUCCUGGUCUAUGCUCUGUCCAUUCUUCCAUCUCCUCACCUAGAUGAAGUGGGGAUAUCUCGAAUUGAAGCCAUUUUACCGCAGUGUGACCUAAAUGACCUGAAUGGUUUUGCUACAUCUGUUUUAAGAUGGAUUCAUUAUGAUCACAAAUAUCUGGAUAAUACCACUGGGAAACAACUGAAACUGCUUCAAAAACUAGAUCACUAUGGUCUUCAGAGACUACGAAAAUACAACAAUUUGAAUCUUUUAAGGGAAGAACUUAAAUCUUUAAAAGGAGACUGGUUUGCUGAGUCACUUCUUGAAGAAACAGCUGGUACUUUACACCGUUUGAUGGAUGAAAUUAAUUACAAAAAUGUUGCAGAGAUUGCAUCUUUUAUUGCUAGAACUAACUACCUCAGUACUUUGCUACUUGAUAGGAUAGCCUCAGUGGUUGUUCAGCAGAUUGAAAAGAUCCACCCUUUUGUGAUCCUUGGUAUUAUUCUUCCAUUUAGCGUCUUGAACUAUGAUCCACCUCAAAAUGAUGAAUUUUUCAGGAUUUGCAUUCAAUACCUGAAUUCUUACUUAAGUGGAUUGGAUCCUUUCAUGUUAGUGUUUCUUGGUUAUUCUUUGGCCAUACUUGGAUAUUUUCCGGAAGAUCUGCUGAAGGCAAUUUUUAACAUCAAAUUCUUAGCCAAAAUGGAUUCUCAACUUGAAUUUUUAUGUUCAUCUCUAAAUAUGAAGGUCCAGUUUCGUCUUAUGGAAUUAAAUAGAGCAGUCUGCUUGGAGUGCCCUGAGUAUCAGAUUCCGUGGUUUCAUGACCGCUUCUGUCAACAACAGUAUAAUAAAGAUAUUGGCAGCAUGAAUGGAGCGCAACAGCAGAUUUAUAAAAUGUUAGCAGAGGUGCUGGGAGGAACCAAUUGUGUAAAAGCCUCGGUUCUUACGCCUUAUUACCACAGAAUAGGUGAGUCUGUGAAGCAAAUUUUUUUUAUCUUCUGUAGGAUUGCUCUGGAAUUUUUGGAUUCAAGAGCUUUUUGUAGAAACAUCCCUCACUUGAAAGGAAAAUCUGCUAUGAGAAAACGACAGUUGGAAAUUUUGGGCUAUCAUGUAAUUCAGAUCCCGCAUUUUGAAUGGAACUCUAUGGCAUUGUCAACAAAGGAAGCUCGGAUGGACUACCUGAGAGAACGUAUAUUUGGAGAAGGCAAAUCAUGAUUGUAGUUUUUAUUUAAAAUUAGUGACAAUGGUGUGUCACAACUGAACUUAUUUUAAUUAAGUGGCCUGACUCAAUGAAAAAAUAAUAGUACAGAAUUGAUUGAUUUGAAGGUCAGUUGAAUACCUAUUAAAAUAAACAGACAUUUUAAUUUCUCCAGUAUUUCUUUACUAUCUGGUUGGGAAAUUGUAUAAAAUUCUUAAUAUAAAGGACUUGUAGCUUUUAAGAAACUUAAA